AUGGUGUUGGUUCAACUAAAUAACCAUAAAUUAAAAAGGAUAAAUAACUAUCAAGCUCAUGAUAGAGUAAUAUUCGGAAUCAACAAUGUUGAAAUAUCACUUUCAAAAUCUUUCGCAAUUGCGAUUUCAGAAUAUUUUUAUUCGCAAUAUCUAUUAGAUAAACGAAUUGAAAAAAUUCAAAUUUAUGUAGAAAUCAGAUCCAAUGAUACAUAUAAUACAUUAAAAGAUAUAUUUGAAUAUCAAAAAGACGAAAUUGAAUGUGACGAAGUAAUUCUGAAAGAUCUGUUUAAUAUUGGAAGAGUUCUUGGAGUUCAAAAAUUAAUUAAAUUAUAUAAAAGGAAUUUCAUUGAUCCAAUGACAGAAAUAGAUAAAGAUCAUUGCAUUCAAUUACUAGAAUUUUAUUUUGAAACAUCAGAAAAUGAAAAAAUAAUAGAAUCCACAGAGUUUAUAUCAUCACAUUUCUAUGAAAUAGACACAAAUAAACUCAAAUUGAUUUCACAAAAACUUGGAAUUGAUAUUCUUCAAAGAAUAUUAUGCAGUGAUAAACUUGAAAUUGAAGAUGAAGAUUCGCUUGCUGAUUUCAUCAUUUCUCUUGUAAGAGAAGAUAGAGUUUUCUCUCCAUUAUUUAAAAAUAUCUGUUUAGAGUUUUGCAAAGAAACAACAAUCAAUGAAAUCAUAGAUACAGCAGACGAAAAUAACUUCCAUGAUGUUAUAAAAUCUUUUGCAGACUCAUUAUUAAGAAGAAAAGACUCCCAACCUCGAGCAUGUAAACAUGUCAUAGAAUACUUCAAAAGUGGUAACGUUGAAAUGUCGGCGUCAUCAAUAUUAUUUGAUGGAUCACUUGGUUAUAUAAAUUCAUAUACUAAUACAACCCAAUUUGCAGCACAGAAUAAACCUUAUCAAUGGGUUCAAUGGAGAAUUAAAGAAAAUUAUUCAAUUUAG